AUGCGUUUCUCUGUUCUCUCCGUCAUCACAGCCCUUGUUGCUGUUGCUUUUGCCGAGGAUACGACCACCGACAUUGUCACCAAGUACGAGACUUACUGCCCCGAAGCUGCUGGCAGUGGUGGUUGGGGUUCUGUGCCCGCGGUGACGCCCUCUGCGUCUGUGUCUGCAGUGACUCCGCCUUCCGUGGCCACCUUCACCAGCGGCUCUGUUACUGUCAUCCGGCCUGUCUCUUACUCGGUCGCCACUUACUGCAACAGCUGCUCUAGCUCAACCCCCGUCGCUUCUUUCGCUACUUCUUUCCCUGCAUCUUUCCCUGCAUCUUUCCCCGCGUCUUUCGCCACGUCCUCCCCAUCCAAGCCGACUCCCCCUGCCAACAGCAAGCCCGCUGUUCCCCCUAGCUCGGUCGUCGUCACUCCCUCUCCGUCGGAGUCUGUAUCUCCUCUCUUCACCGGAGGCGCUGCUCACCAUGCUGCCGGUGCGGGUGCGGGUCUUGCGACCCUGUUCGGAUUGGUGGCUUUCUUGCUUUAA